AUGUGUACACACAGCGAUGACUUUCGAGCAUACGCAGAACUGUGUUAUAAGGAAUUUGGUGAUCGAGUAAGGCAUUGGAUGACAGUUAAUGAGCCAUAUACCGUGAGUAACCAUGGUUAUACAAUCGGGAUCCACGCACCAGGCCGAUGCUCUUAUAAGUACGACCAAACAUGCCUCGGUGGAGAUUCGGCUACUGAACCAUAUUUGGUGACACACUAUCAACUCCUUGCUCAUGCCGCCGCUGUAAAAUUGUACAAGGAUAAAUAUCAGGCAUUGCAAAAAGGUGUGAUAGGAAUAACAUUGAAUACUCACUGGUUUGAGCCCGCUUCUAAGGCAAAGCAUGAUAUAGAUGCCGCAUUUCGAGCUUUGGAUUUUAUGUAUAUGGACCCAUUGACAAAUGGUGACUACCCACCUAGCAUGCGAUUUCUUGUUGGAAAACGAUUACCAAAAUUCACAAAUGAAGAAUCCAAGUUGUUGAAAGGGUCAUAUGAUUUUAUUGGAGUGAAUUACUAUUCUGCUAGAUAUGCAAGCGCUUACCCUGCAGAUUAUAUAAUACCUACGCCUCCAAGCUACUUGACUGAUGCUUAUGUUAAUGUUACAACUGAGUUUAAUGGGGUUCCCAUUGGUCCACAGGCUGCUUCAGACUGGUUAUAUAUUUACCCAAAAGGACUUUACAAUCUUAUACUCUACACAAAGAAAAUAUAUAAUGAUCCAAUUAUGUACAUUACUGAGAAUGGCGUGGAUGAGUUCGAUAAUCCCAAAGUACCACUUCAGAUGGCCCUCAAGGAUUCCAAUAGAAUUUACUACUACUAUCACCACCUCUGUUACCUCCAAGCAGCAAUUAAAGAAGGUGCUAAUGUUCAGGGAUACUUUGCAUGGUCAUUGCUAGACAACUUUGAAUGGAGCUCUGGAUACACUGUUCGGUUUGGUAUCAAUUAUGUCGAUUACGCCAAUGGACUGAAAAGACACCCAAAAGACUCGACGUACUGGUUCCAAAGUUUCCUAAAGAGUACACAAACUUGA